AAGCCUCGUCACUUGCUAGUACACGUUCGUGAGUACCGAGGACACUUGCGAGGAGAAAGAAACCGAACCGUGUUAAUCGCGUCGCAGUUCGCCGUUCCCACACCCACAACUCUGAAUUUACAUCAAAUAUGUCUAAUACCACCUGUUGUCAAAAACCCCAGGUUAUAAUGCACGACCAACACAGAAAAAGUUUGACUCUAUAGCCAUAGGGAUCCCGAGGACUUGAUUGGUCGCUUCAAGCCUGAUAGUUUGCAUCGGUGCGACUGCCCUCCCCCCUCCGUUGUCACCCGUCUGGUUGCCUGGCAUUGCUUCCGACUCCCCCCCCCCUCCUCCCUCAGCUGGUGAAGAGGACUUGAGUUCCCUUGUAAUCUGUCAGCCUCUCUCUGUCUCUUCCUUCGGUUCCUGCUCUACUGUCACCAGUAGCUCUCUCCGGAUUUACGUCAUACACCAUUCGGUUUUUCUUCCAAAUUCUGCGAAAAUGAUUCCCAACGGUUUUCUGAUCUUCGAGGACGAGACUUUCCUGGACUCCACUGUGGCCAAGAUGAACGCCCUGAGAAAGAGUGGACAGUUCUGUGACGUCAGACUGCAGGUGUGCGGCCACGAGCUGAUGGCUCACCGUGCCGUGCUGGCGUGCUGCAGCCCCUACCUGUUUGAGGUGUUCAACAGCGACAUCGAGCCCCACGGGGUGUCCCACGUCACCUUCGAGGACCUGGACCCCGAGGCUGUGGAGGUCCUGCUCAACUACGCCUACACUGCCCAGUUGAAGGCAGACAAGGAGUUGGUUAAGGAGGUCUACUCUGCGGCCAAAAGGUUCAAGAUGGAGCGUGUCAAACAGAUCUGUGGCGACUACCUGCUCACCAAGAUGGAUUCCCAGAGCGCCAUCUCCUUCCGCAACUUCGCCAGCUGCAUGGGAGACGGGCGCGUCCUGGCCAAGGUGGACGCCUACAUCCAGGAACACCUUCUGGAAGUUUCCGAGCAGGAGGAUUUCCUAAAACUCCCCCGCCUCAAAUUAGAAGUAAUGCUGGAAGACAACCUGGCCCUGCCGAGCAACGGCAAGCUGUACUCCAAAGUGCUCAGCUGGGUUCAGCGCAGCCUGUCGGAGAACGGCGACCACCUGGACAGGCUGAUGGAGGAGGUGCAAACGCUGUACUACUCUGCUGACCACAAGCUGCUGGACGGGAGCCUGAUGGAGGGGCAGACGGAGGUGUUCGCUGGGGAGGAGGACCACCUCCAGUUUGUGCAGAAGAACCCUCCCAGAGAGAGCAGAGCAGAGACCCAGAGACAGCUGAGCUGCAGCUCCUCCGACAGCCAGUCACCCAACACCCCUCGCCAGCCCCGCUGCUUCAGAGAGUGGAAGUACAUCGCCUCAGAGAAGACCACCAGCUGCACCUACCUGUGCCUGGCCGUGCUGGACGGAGUGCUGAGCGUGAUCUUCCUACACGGCCGCAGCAGCCCCCAGACGUCCCCGUCGGCCACGCCCUGCCUCCUGAAGAGCCUGAGCUUCGAGGGCCAGCCUGAGGAGGAGGAGGAGCGCCCUCUCUCUCCCAUGCACUACGCUCGCUCCGGCCUGGGCACCGCCGCUCUGCACGGACGGCUUGUAGCCGCAGGAGGGUACAACCGGGAGGAGUGUCUGAGGACUGUGGAGUGUUACGACCCCAAAGAGGACCGCUGGACCUUCAUAGCCCCCAUGAGGACUCCCAGGGCUCGCUUCCAGAUGGCCGUGCUCAUGGGUCAGCUCUACGUGAUGGGCGGCUCUAACGGCCACUCUGACGAGCUGAGCUGCGGGGAGACGUACGAUCCGCACGCCGACGAGUGGGCUCAAGUGCCAGAGCUCAGGACCAAUCGCUGCAACGCAGGUGUCUGUGCCUUGAACAACAAGUUGUUUGUUGUUGGAGGAUCUGACCCCUGCGGGCAGAAGGGUCUGAAGAACUGUGACGCCUUCGACCCCGUGAGCAAGACCUGGAACAACUGUGCCCCCCUCAACAUCAGGCGGCACCAGGCGGCGGUGUGCGAGCUGGAAGGUUUCAUGUAUGUGAUCGGAGGGGCGGAGUCGUGGAACUGCCUGAACACGGUGGAGCGCUACAACCCUGAGAACAACACCUGGACCCUCAUCGCCCCCAUGAACGUGGCGCGCAGGGGGGCAGGGGUGGCUGUCUACGCAGGCAAACUGUUUGUGGUGGGCGGCUUCGACGGCUCUCACGCGCUGCGCUGCGUGGAGGUGUACGACCCCGCCAGGAACGAGUGGAGGAUGCUGGGAAGCAUGACGUCGCCGCGCAGCAACGCGGGCGUGGCCGUGCUGGGAGAUGUGAUCUGCGCCGUAGGAGGCUUCGACGGGAACGACUUCCUGAACACUGUGGAGGUGUACGACCCCGAGGCGGACGAGUGGAGCAGCCUGGCUGAGGCGCUUUGCCCCUCCGCCUGAGGGGGAGAGGGGGGGAGGGAGGGAGAGUUACAGGGGCACCUUUCCCAAACUAACAGGCUUAGUGACGUAAUCGUGUUUUGUGAUGUUCUGUGCGUGAGCAGGGGUGGGUGGGAGGGCGUAAGGGUAUUGAUUUGGGCAUCUUGAGGGGUCUUCAGUGAAGACUGGCUUAUUUUGGGAGGGGGGGGGGGGGAGGGAGGGUUGCCGAAAGCAACUUGACGCCUUUGCAUAUUGCAUACGAUAUUUCUUUUGUGCUGUAUAUAUUGUUUGUUUUCCUCAUUUUGUCUUAAGAAUGCCAACAUUUAAUACACAUUAACGGCUUUGUUGUUUUCGUUUUUUUUUUAUGGGUUUCGAGGGUUUUCGAUAAAGGCUACUGACCUAAAAUAAUUCAGGACCGAACGGCCUGGAUCUGCGAGAUACUGGAAAACGUUUGGUUGAAUUGAUUAAGAAAGUGAUUCAGAAUGAUUCUUUUGAAAGUUUUUUUUCUUUUUUGGCUCACACAUUUAAACUAUCUGUUUGAAGGGUUACUCAGCAGGAGAUUGCCUCAUGGCUACCGUGUCAUUUCAACUAAAGCUGGAUUGCUUUUCGAAUCUUUAAUGAUGGCCUUUUUUAUAUUUUUAUACACUGCAGAUUUACCAAUAGACAAAAGGUAUGGAACGCACAUGUCAGUGAAGUCAUGAAAUGAAACUGUGCCAGUUUUAGUAUCGCAUUUUUAGUGCUCACACGCACAACCGUGCUUCUGCUAACCAAAUCUUUUGUUACUGCAGUUUGGACUACUUAAGGUAGAUGAUGUUUACUGAAUAGCUUUUUCUUUUCUUUUUUUCUUGUGCUGGGUGUAAAAAUAAAAAAACAAAACAAAAGAAUUAUAAUAAUAAUUGACAUUUAGUUCUCAGGGGUGGGGUGGGGGUGUGGAGUUAACAUGAUCACGUGGGAUCAAUUCUGUAUCACAUUUGUAAGGUCACAUUUCUUAACUAAUAAACCAUUUCAACCUGAAA